ACAGCACGACUUCUGGAUGUGGUCAGGGUGGCUUUCUCUGGCUGGCAUGGACUUGAGCAGAAACUCAUUGCUGACUUCCUCAUUGCAUGAGCACCGAGUGAUUCGCAGGUUCCCCAUCCUCCCCUGGGACAUCGAGGACACACAAAGACCUUGUUCACCCUCCACUGAGAGUGGGGCUAGAGAUGGAUGCUGAGUACAGGAAGGCUGUGUGAGGAUUCCUUUGGCUCCACUCUUGUUUCCAGCUAUUGCUGGUCCUAGGCUCCCAGUCCUGAGCAGCCAUGACGAUGGAGACUCUCCCCAAGGCCCUGGAGGUCGAUGAGAAGUCUCCAGAAGCCAAGGACCUGCUGCCCAGCCAGACUGCCAGCUCCCUGUGCAUCAGCUCCAGGAGUGAGUCUGUCUGGACCACCACCCCCAGGAGUAACUGGGAAAUCUACCGCAAGCCCAUCGUCAUCAUGUCCGUGGGUGGCGCCAUCUUGCUUUUUGGUGUGGUCAUCACCUGCUUGGCCUAUACCUUGAAUCUGGGUGACAAGAGCGUCUCCAUCCUCAAAAUGGUAGGGCCUGCCUUUCUGUCCUUAGGACUCAUGAUGCUGGUGUGCGGGCUGGUGUGGGUGCCCAUCAUCAAAAAGAAACAGAAGCAGAGACAGAAGUCGAAUUUCUUACGCAGCCUCAAGUCCUUCUUCCUGACUCGCUGAUGGUGGUUUCCACAUCUCCCGGCCACCUUGACUGGGAGAAGGAGAUCUGAUGACCAACAUCCGACAUCCCCAUCUCCUCUGUGGGGUGCCAUAAAAUUGAUCCAGGAAAAUGCUCUUCCUGACCCGGUGGGGAAGAUAGAGCUCGGGACUCCACCUUCCAUGCAGCCGGGAAUGUUGCUGGAUGUAUCCACUUCAUCCUUAUUCUGAUUGAUGCUUCCUUGAAUCCUGGCCAUGGCCCUCCUUUUGGUCGCUCUCAUCCCUUGCCCCUACAUCUAGGCAUCAUUCAUCCAACGCUGUCUGCCAAGUGCAACGCAUGCUGGGAAAUUCUUCGGGAGUGGGCUAUGCCCCAGGGAGAACCUCAGUUUACAUAUCUCAGUGUAAGAGUUGGAUUCUUCAUUUGCAUCCUUAUGGAACCAAAACUGACCCACGGAGGUCCUUUACAGAGGAGGAAGGGUCGGCUGAGUUCUGAUCCAUUGGAUUUGACAGCCCCAGCUCCCUUAGCAGGCGAGACAUUGACUUUAAUUUCAAGAUCCCAGACAGAACACAAGUAUCAAACAUUCCAAAGACUGAACAAUGAAGGGAGGCCUGGGAAAAACACUCUCCAAGAAGGCACAUGCCCCUGGACAUGACUCUCGGUGUUAGCCGGCUGAAGGGAAGUUUAGUUCCUAAUUCUAUUAUAUUUACAUCAGAGGCAGUGGAGUAGGCGAGGGGAUAUCACAGUUUCUGCUUGACCUUAUAACGCCUUCUCAUUGACCACUUUCUUUUCUGAACUUGGUCAUUAGCCAAGGACAAAUGCAUGCUGCACUAGUUUCUUCUCUCUUCCUACCCCUGCCUCUACUUCUGCAUCUAGAACAGCAAAAUGGAAAGAUACAGAGGGAUCCUGCAAGAUGGUUUUCCCCUUCACUUCCAUCAAGAUCAAAAUUGAGAGCAUCAAGUUCCAUAUCUGAAUGAUCUGUAGGUUUCUAGAGAUGGCAUUCACCUUAGAAAAUUCAAAUUUCCAUUAUCCCUGUCCCCGCUCACCAAAAAAGCAAAUAUUUAUUAAGUGCCCCACUCUGGGACCAGCCCUGGCUGGGAGCAAGACGCCAUUCCUGCUGUCUUCUUGCUUCCCAAAGUGACAGGUGCAGACAAGCCAACUGGUGAAAUGCGGGUUGUGGAAACGCAGGAGGUGUCUACCCCAGACUUGAGAGAGGAGGGAGACAUUCCCAGAGGCCAUGCCCUCCCACCCAAAAACAAAAGACAAGACAAGAGUUAGCAAAGAGGGGAAAGAAAGGCAUUGGGAGCAGCAGGAGCUUCCACGUACGUUCAGAAGCAACUUGGGUUAGGAGAACAUGGUGGAAUUAGAAAACUGCACAGCCACUUGUCUGACCUCUCCAAUGUUGUUUCAUCCCUCUCUUGCCCAGCUUCCCACCUCUUCCCCAAGUGCCUAGUGCAGCUUCUCCUGGAGGCAAAUUGAUGGCCUCCUGGGGCCUAGGGUAGAGAAGAGAAGUGGGUUUCCAGAGGACCCAGCAAGCAGAGAGCCCCUGAGAGGUAAGUGCUUCCGUAACUACCUGUGGCAACCAAGAGGCCCGUGGAUGAAAGGUCAGAAGCUGUACCUGUGAGGGAGCCAGCCAUGCCACCUUAGGCCAAGCCAAAGACCCCUGGAGAGCAUUUGGUGACAAGCUGUGAGAGGAGAGCAUCCUGCACCAGAAUCACCCUUGGCUUGAGCUAAUUCUCUUCACUCCUCAGCCUUGUGGCCUCCCCAGUCACCAUGGCCACCUCUCUCUCCUACAGGUCUCCAGAUAACCCAAUCCUCCAUGGCAGUUCCAUAUGCAGAGCCGGAAUCCAUCCUUGUUCCCUCUGCAUUGUGGGCCAAUCCAUGGAGGCAAGCACUUGUGUCGUGGGGACCACCCCUUACCUGCUCCACCUAAGGAGUCAGAGUUUGGGGAGCUCAUGGCUGUUGAGGCUCACCCAGGAUGGCCAUGGCCUUCAUGCAGAUCCAUGCCAGUGUGGCCAGGUCUCUAGCUCACAUCAAGCCCUGCACAAAGGCAGUCAAGACCAAUCUUGGGAGUGUCAAAAGUGCUACGUCAUUAAUUGUAGUUUUAGUGCCUCAGUGACAAACCUUGCAGAUCAUUUCCCUUCUUCUGACAUGAAUGCAGAUUUGAUAUUGGCCCUAUAAUAUCACUCUUGCAUUCCUGGAUGAAUUCUUAAAUGGGAGCAAAUGGGACGGGCUCCUGGAUAAGUCAGUGGAAACCCACACUCCUGGUGCCUCAUUUACUCUGCCCAGGAGCUUGUAACCUGGGCACAGCUAUAUGAGGAGGGCCCAUUUGGAUGCUGCUAUCACGGAUGUCUUAGUGGAAGGAAGUUUGAGGACAACCGCAACUCCAGAAGUCCAGGUUCUGGAUUCACUUUGCAGACUUUCGCAGUACCUGCCUCUAUUCGCUGCCCACUCAAGCUAGUUUCUCAGCAGAGAAAACGUGAGGAACUAUCCCCAAACAUCAUCAUCCCCAUGGGGAUCCUCCACAUAAGUGUGGGCUGGAAAUAUUCCUGGGUCACACUGAGGCAGGACAUUGAGGUGUUUGCCAAUGCCUGUUGCCCCGUGUAAGGCUGAGGCAUGGAUGCACCUGAUCUGGGAACGCAGCCCCGGUCAGACUCCACAUUUCUUCGACAAAGGAUCACCUGCAAUGACGUUUUUCAUGUCAGUGGGGCAAAUGACAGAACCAGUUUCCCUGUUUUAGGUUCACUAGAUUGUAUCAUGCUCCCCAUGGCUAUUCUGUUUGGGAGAGUUUGAUCUAAUCCAAAGCCUAAAGGAAUCAAUGUAAUGUUGAAUUGUAUUCUAUCUAACAGUG